AUGGACGACGAACUCAAGAACUUCACCAAGGUGUGGACAUGGGCGUUCCUCUGCCUAACCUACGCCUACUUCAUCUCCUCAAAGCUCCCCAAAGGCCUCCCCCGCCUCAUCUCCCUCCUCCCCGUCCUCUACCUCUUCACCGUCACCUUCCCUCUCUCCCUCCACUCCGUCCACCUCGGCGCACCCACCGCCUUCUUCCUCUCCUGGCUCGCCACCUUCAAGCUCCUCCUCCUCUCCCUCGACCUCCCCCCUCUCUCCCCGCCGCCGCCCUCCCUCCUCCACUUCAUCUCCCUCGCCUCCCUCCCCGUCAAACUCAAACCUCGAGAGAAUGAUUCGGACUUCUUGCAGAGUGCUGAAACCAUGCAGUACCAGAUACGAGAUAGAUCUUCCAAAGAACAGACGACCUUCUUGCCCAGACCAUCGAUCUUGUUCGCUCUCAAGUUCGCCCUCCUCCUUGCGUUGUUCAACGUCUACGACUACCGCCCCUUCAUUCACCCUCUCCUGAUCCACGCCCUCCAUUGCCUGCACCUCUACCUGGAGCUCGAGUUCUUCUUGACUCUGGUCGCGGUUCCAGCUCGAACUCUGUUAGGAUUCGAGCUGGAACCGCAGUUCGACGAGCCCUACCUCUCCACCUCCCUCCAGGACUUCUGGGGAAGGAGGUGGAACCUCAUCGUGACCGGCAUCCUGCGACCGACAGUUUACCUUCCCGUCAGACGUGUCGGUGAGGGUGUGAUCGGGAGGAGGUGGGCCGCGCUGCCAGCUGUCGUCGCGUCGUUCGUGGUGUCCGGGUUGAUGCACGAGGUGAUCUAUUAUUACCUGACGAGGGCCCGGCCCACGUGGGAGGUGACGUGGUUCUUCGUGAUUCACGGGGUUUGCGUGGCCGCCGAGGUGGCGGUCAAGAAGUGGGCGAGGGAGAGGGAGAAAGGGUGGGGGUGGCUGUGGUUGCCGCCGGUUGUGUCGGCGCCGCUGACGGUGGGGUUUGUGGCGGUGACGGGGCUGUGGCUUUUCUUUCCUCAGGUGGUGAGGAACGGGGUGAUUGAGCGGAUCGUCGGGGAGUACUCGAUCUUCGUUGGGUUUUUGUGGAGUAGAUUUAACACCGUUUUUUCUCUCUUUUUUUCCGACUCUUAG